CCUCGGCAAACUGUUCGUCGGACGUCCUGACCAGCACGUGGGACUCUGCGGACGGCGCACUGUCGUACGCGGUGGAAGCUUGGGGGAACAACGACGACCGCAACCGCUACAACUGCAGCUCCGCCGACAACAGCUGCCCUCAUCCGGAACGUUCUCUGCGGAGAGAGUCUCACCGUACACAUCACGGCUUUUGACGACGAGUGCCCCAGCUACAGAACGCUGGGACAGGUGGCCGAAACCGUUCCUUGCGCUCCUAAGAACGUGUCAGCAGCGAUGGAGUGCGGAGCUGACUCCAUCACCCUGACCUGGGUCGCCUCCUCCAGUGCCGUGUUCUACAUCGCCACGGCGACGGAUGAUGCCGGCGUGGUCCGCACCUGCAACGCGAUGGCAAACGAGUGCAAGAUCAGUGGCCUGCGCUGCAGCUCCAACUACACUGCCUUUGUCAUCGCCACCAACCUCAAGUGCAACAGCUCAAAGAGUGAAAUAGUGUCUGUGGAAACAGCCCCAUGUCCGCCGAGCCAUAUUGAGGCCACGCUGAACUGCACAACCAACAGCGCUCUGAUCGUGUGGCAGGGCGACCACAGCAUGGCGUCUUACACGGCCACCAUGGUGGACGCUUCCGGAGGCCUCCUCAGCUGCAGCACCACCAGAAACAACUGCACAGUCACCAGCCUGAAGUGUGGCCAGCUUUACGCUGUCACCGUGGCGCACCACGACGGCAUCUGCCCCAGCAUGCCCUCCAAGCCCGUGUCCAUGGAGUCAGUGCCUUGCGGCCCAGCGAAUGUGCAAACCAGAGUGAACUGUGUUACCGGGACCCUCGCGGUGAGCUGGAACGCGUCCAAGCGCGCGGAAGCUUACUCCGCCGUCAUCGCCGGCGGCAACGGGCAGCGCGAGUACUGCAACACCACGCAGACCAACUGCACGUUCAACACCCUGACAUGUGGGAAGGAAUACAUGGUGACGGUUAUGUCUGUCAAUGGCACCUGCGUCAGCAUGCCCAGCAAGCCCGUCUCAGUCAGGGAGGUGCCGUGUGUGCCCACCAACGUGACGGCCGUGCGCACCUGCGGCGCGAGCUCCGUGGCGGUGUCCUGGGCGGGCGGCCUCGGGGCCAGGACCUUCACCGCGGUGGCGUUGGGCGGGAGCGGUCACCGGACCGAGUGCUCCUCCAACCUCACCAACUGCGUCAUGGCCGACCUGCGGUGCGGCGAGGUGUACGUCGUCAGCGUGAUGGCCGUGGACGUCAGCUGCUCAAGCCUGAUGAGCAGAGCGGUCGGCCUGGCGACAGGUGAUUGGCACGAGUUUUCGUAA